AUGCGUGGGGGAGGAUGCGCAGAGAUCCCCGCAGGCUCGCACACCAGCCAUUACCGCCGCCUCCGCCACACGAGACCCUUCACUGCCCUUCACAUUUUCCCAGCCAGGUCAGUCCUCCGGGUCCACAUCUUGGCUCCACAGGUCGCAGAACCCGUCGCCCGGAGAACCGCCAAGAUUGAUUCCCCAAGCAGCGACAAGGGGGCGUUGGAGGCUCUGCCCAUCAAAAAGAACCGAUGCCGAACCUGCCUCCGCUUCCACCUCACCGCCUUCUUCACCCUCGUCGCCUGCUUCAGCUCCUUCGCCUUCCUCUUCCUCGUCCCCUUCAUCAUCGACCCGGCCUUCUCCACCCUCUUCGCCGAGUUCGAUACGGAGCCUCGGAUGUGCAUCACCAUAAUGUCGGAGUUCCUCACCGGCGCUAGCAACUGCUCAUGGUCAUCCUGCCGUGAGGGGUGCACCAUGGAUUUCUUCGAGUGCUCCCACAUCUACGUCCACUAUAAGGAUGAUCCAGAAGGCUUGCAAAAGGGGAGGAACUUCACUUCGCCUGAGCUGAUUGACGCCGAGGAGUGGGAUGUGUAUGAAGCCAGGCUGUACCCGAACGUCAAGGGCUGCGGAUAUCCUCCAUCUGUCAACUGCACGACCUUCCACCUGAACUACAGUACCCCGGGGCGAAUCUACCCUUGCUACUACUCCAAGAAGAUGCCCACCCUGGUCCUCAACGGUCUGGACAUCCCCCAGGUGAAGAGGGACCUGGUGUACGCGAUAGUGGUUCCCUGGGGCCUGUUCUUCGUGUCGAUCCUGUACAUCAUGGUGACCUAUGCGGGGAUGCGUGGGCCGGACGAGGAGGACGAUAAGGCGCAGGAGGUGAGCUCGGCGAAGGCAUCGAAGGAGGCGUCCAACUACUCCCUUCGAUCCAUUGGCAAGACGAUUAACCACGGCAUGAGCAAGCUACGAGGCGAGCCGGAUGAUAAAGGGCGAGACGGAGGAGGAGGAGGAGGAGGAGGAGAUGAAGGAGGAGGAGGAGGAGGAGGAGGAAUAGGAGUGAUAGGCGGCUUUGGAGGAGUAGGAGGAGGAGGAGGCAUGGGGGAUGGAGGAAGGCAAUGGUCCCACCCCUCCUACCCCUCCCACCCCUCCUCCCUCCCCCCCUUCCACGCCCCCGAACCCCACCUCCUCCUCGCCCCCGCCUCCCUCCCCGACGUGCUAUCAGCGAGAAGGACUGCUCUGCCCCCCCUGGAACGGACCCCCCCCCUCGCCCCCCCGGCAAGCCGCGUGGGGUAUGUGAACACUGAAAACAUUAAGAGAUCACCAGUAGAAACGUCCUUCCAAGAGGCGGAGUUUGCUCUACAUCAGGUGCAGCAACAACAGCAACAACAGGAAAGCCAAAAACAACAGCACGAAAAAGAACAACAACAACAACAAAAACAGGAAGCGAGCAGCGGGGAGUGACGCAGGGGAACGGAAGAAGAGGAAGAGGAAGAGGAGUGGAUGAAAGAGGAGGAGUAAGAGGAGUCAUGCGAUAGUGAGGAGUAAGAGAGGAUAAAGAUAGAUAAGAAAGGAGGAUAAAUGAUGAAGAGAGGUAAAGAUAAAUUUGAUAAAGAAAGGGAGGGUAAAGGGAAGGGGUAAGAAAAAAAGGAGUUAAGGGAUUAGUAAAGAAAAAUAAUGAUAGGCGUUUAAUUAAAAAAAGGUAUUGUGGAGGCGUUCAGUGUGACUAUUUUAAAAUGUAGAGGUUUGUGAAUGUUAUUAUUGUUAUUAUUAUUAUUAUUAUUAUUAUUAUUAUUAUUAUUAUUAUUAUUAUUAUUAUUAUUAUUAUUAUUAUUAUUAUUAUUAUUAUUAUUAUUAUUAUUAUUAUUAUUAUUAUUAUUAUUACUAUUGCUGAAACGUAUUUUGGUGUUGAAUUUUGUAAUGUAUAUUGUAGUUUGCGAUAUAUUCUUUUCGCAUAUCUCUCUCUCUCUCUCUCUCUCUCUCUCUCUCUCUCUCUCUCUCUCUCUCUCUCUCUCGCCAUUUUCCUGAUUGCCUUUUUUUUUAUUUUGAGCAAAGUUUUCCUCAAUUUCUCAGACCUCUCCAUUUUCUUAACGCACACCCUCCCUUCCUCCUUUCCCUCCAUCCCUCCCUCCCUCCCUCCAUCCCUCCCUCCCUUCCCUCCAUUCCUCCCUCCCUCCCUCCAGCAGACAAUAACCUAAUAUCUUUCCUCCACUCAUGUAUCUCAAAGGUAAAAUUCUUCUUCCUCCUUUCUAUUUCACGGUGACGAAAUAUUAUGCAAGAGGCGAUCCUUUGUGACACGCGUGGCUGAGCGAUGCCGGGUGGAAGGGGAGAUGAUUAAUGGAUAUUGUGAAUGGGAUGGGAAAGGGAUUUUUAUAAUAUAUUGCAUUUUUUUUCUGAAGGUUGUCAUGUGAGUCUUCUUAUUUACUUUUUAUUACUGUCAUUUUGGAUACUUUCUCACAUUUUUUUCUCCCUUGCAUAUUUAAAUACUUGCAUACUUUUCAUGAAAUUUUAUCUUACUUUAUAUAUUUGUUUAUUCAUUUGUUUUGUUCGGGCUUUUUUUAUAAUUGUUUCCUUUUUUGUGCCCUUGAGCUUUCUUCUUUGUUGUAAAAAAAAAUAUUCAUCUAUUUACUCAAUUAUUUAUUAUUUUACUUUCAAGCUUAUACAUUGCAAUUUAUAAGACAUGAAAAGACUAAUACAUAUAACAAAAGACAAUGUAAAAAUACGUAGUAAGAGUUGAAUGGCUUAUUGUGUAGGAGACUAAAUUUUACCGUCGGUGAUAUUAGUAAAAAUGAGCAAUGUUAUUUUAAUGUGAUAACUCCACCAGCAGCCUGACACAAUGGAUCGCUUGCACAUACUCUAGAUACGUGGAAAUAUACAUAGGAGAUUAAGAACAGUGAUGAGUAGGAAGGGUUUACACUCCUAGAAAGAAACUCCAAUAUUUUUCUGUCUUUUUCGAAUUUGCUUGGAACGAAUAACCUGUGAGCUCAAGUCAGUAAAGCGUUCAGUGCAGUAGUUAGUGCAGUAGUUAAGCUGAACCCAUUCUCUCUCUCUAAGGGACCGUACACCGUUUUCUUUGUAUGCUUCACCGUUUUUAAUAACCAGGAUGACUUUUCUAUAUUCUUGUACUGCACGAAGAGAGAAUAAUGACUUAUAUAAAGAUAGAAAGGAACGGUGCACACGAAUAGUAAAUAUUUUUCUUGAUUUAUCUACGAUAUGGAAUGUGACAUACAAACCUUCCUGCCUGUAAUGAUGACACGAAGUAAUAAUAAUAAUAAUAAUAAUAAUAAUAAUAAUAAUAAUAAUAAUAAUAAUAAUAAUAAUAAUAAUAAUAAUAAUAAUAAUAAUAAUAAUAAUAAUAAUAAUAAUAAUAAUAAUAAUAAUAAUAAUAAUAAUGCACUGUUACUUUGCCAUUCUUUUUCAUAUGAAGCAAAUUUUAAUCUUACUUAUGAAGAUUAUAAAGGAAAGUAAAGUAUUGAGAUAUAUUUUGUGAAAACAUACUCGAAAUUAAGUUGAAAUAUUUACCUCUCAAAAUACACGACUGACGUACAUUGAGAAGAGAAAAUAAUGAAGUCAAAUACAAAUUCUACUCAGAGCAUUAUGUAAACAGCCGAAGGAAUGGAGUUCAAGGAAAAAAAGAGAGAGCGAGAGGGAAAAAAAAAACAGAUUAGAAGAUUAAAUAUGCAAAGUCGUGAAAUAGCGUGUGUGUAGAAGCAAAUAUGAGUCAGUAAAUAAAACGAAGGAAGGAAAGACAUUACAGAGUGCCAGAUAUGAAUAAAAACAAUGAAAAAAAAUUAAUGAAGAAAAUGAAAUGUCGCUGAAAAAUGAGUUGUUGGUGAAAAUAACGAUCCACAAUGUUUCCUCCGUCUUCGUGUACGUGUAUGUGUGUUUCCAUAUGUGUGUGUAUAUAUGUGUGUACGUGUGUCUGUAGGCGUAGCUGUGUGCCUGGCUGCCUUCGGUGUACACAAGGUUGUUUGGUAGGCUUAUAAAGAGGCUGCGAGUGAAGAAAAGAUGUUUGUGAGUGUAAUAUUUUUUUUUUCUUAACACUGUCGUUAUAAAAAGUUAAAUAUGUGUGGAAGCGUUCAGUCAUUAUGAUUAGCAACCGUUCAUAUGCUCGCUUGUUGAUGUUACUGUUUCUUCUUGUUUUUUGAGGCUCAGUAAAACUAUAAAAGGUUCAAAAGAAAAGACAAAGAAAAAAAAAAGACAAAGUAAAAGACAAAAAAUACUAUUGAAUUCUAUAUUUUUCAACGAUUUUCAGCUUAAUUAUAUUUUUUUUCGCGUUCGUGUAUGCUUAAGAAAAAAAAAGAUAAAUGAAUGUAUAGAAAUUACUACUUUUACACAAACAACCUCCCCCUCCCCCUUUAAACACACACACAAACACACACACACACACACACACACACACACACACACACACACACACACACACACACACACACACACACACACACACACACUUUUUUUUUCAAUAGUUAUGGAUGUUGGAUAUGGAAAGAAAGAAAAAAGUAAUGUGCGAUUCCAAUAAUACAAAUAAUGAUAACAACAACAACAACAGUAAUAAUAAUAAUAAUAAUAAUAAUAAUAAUAAUAAUAAUAAUAAUAAUAAUAAUAAUAAUAAUAAUAAUGUUAACCCUUUUUUUUAUGCAAGUAGAUUAUAAGUGUGUGUUUUUCUAUUAUUUAUUUAUUUAUUUUCUCUCGUGUAUGAAUCUUUCUCGCUCUCUUGCACGCGUGUCGAAUGAAUUAAAACUCAUUACUUAUUCAUUCACCUCGGCUGUUCAUCAUACUUAUAAACCCACACACAUAUGAUGCUCCAAUUUACAUUAUAUUGAUCAUUAUACUUAAAACUUCACACACAUAUGAUGCUCCUACUUAUAUUAUAUUCAUCAUUUUACUUAUAACUCCACACACAUAUGAUCCUCCUACUUAUAUUAUCAUUAUAUUGUCUCUUGCUCUCUAUCUCUCUUUAUAUGUAUACCUACCACCUCUGAGAUUAUGAUAACGAUGAUGAUGAUGAUGAUGAUAAUGAUGAAGGUUAUGAUAAUGAUUGUGAUGGUUAAGUGCCUGAUGAAUUGAUUAGAAAGUUAAAUAUAGUGAUGAUGAUGAUGACGAUGAUGAUGAUGAUGAUGAUGAUGCACAAAAUAGAAUGACUUACGUAAUUACUAUGAUAUGGAUGAUGAGGCACAAUGAAAGCAGGUAUUUCUUUUAACACACACACACACACACACACACACACACACACACACACACACACACACACACACACCACAAAACUGCAGCAAAGUGUAAAAAAAAGACAUGUUUUAGUUUUUGUACAUCAGAAAUAAGAAAAAACAACAACUACUUAGACUUUUUAUACAACAAGAUUAAUUCAUUUUUACUAAACAUCAUGCCAACCUUUCAACCCUUCCCCCGUUUUCUCUUGAGUGUAGUGUCCGUUUUCUUUUGAGUAGUGACGUAGAUAGAAAAAGGGAAGCCACUGAAUACAUGGGUAACAAUUGUAGAUGUAACUAUUGUACUUCUCUAUCUCUCUCCUAUGACCAAAAAAAUACAGUAGAAUAGGAACUUAGUAAUUACGGAAAAGGGAAAGAAAAUGACGAAGGUUUGAUAGUGUUUCUGUUGUGAUUUAUUGGUAAGGGAAAGGAAAAUAGUGGAAAAAAGAGUAGAAAAGAAAAUUGACCCCACUUUUGCGAAUAUAUUUUACCGUUACCGUUUUUCUUAGAGUUUCCAAAUGUGUCUUAAUGGUUUUUGAUGUGAUAAAUAAAUAAUAGAUCUAGUCUUUAAAAAAUGUCUAACCUGCAUUGCAUUUUUUCAUCUACUCGUUUUUUAUAGUUUCGUUUUUCGCAUUUCUUCCCUCCUCUUCAUGGAUCUUCACUGUACGAGAACAAUUAUAUUCAUAAAUAAACAUAAAAAAAAACAUACUUGAAGUUAUAAAAAAAUG